AUGAAGCCCCAUCGAGCUCACAGAUUUCUGCGGAAGGUGUUGGAGAUGUUCCAUUUAUCUCCAUCCCCAAAGCGGGCAUCCAAAUCACGCAGCAAAACGAACCCAAGUGCCAAAUUGUGGUGUAUUGCCACCACAGCCGCGCCUUUCUACGGCGUUGCAGCUGCGCAAGACUUAGACCAUGCCAGAAAAGGUGGCCAAAGCAAGGAUGUCGCUCAAUGCAGUCUCGGCACCACUCUUGAAAAGCCAAUGUCAACCCGCGAGCAGCUAGAAUCACGCAUUAUGAAGCUCUGGAAAAACGUCUGGCUGGGUCUGUAUGAGAUCAACGACAACGAGGAGAGAUAUCAUGUCGAGCGCAUUGAAGCUCUCUACUUUGGAGCUGGAUUGAUCCGAACAUACCGCCUGGGCGAAAUGCGCGUCCUCCGGCGUCGAUUCAUGCGAGCUGAAACCAACAACGGAAUCGCCGCGAUGAAGCUGUUCCCGGAUCUUUCCCUUUCGACUCUCCUGGCUGUGAUCCAUAUUCUGGAAGCCUAUGAAAGCGAGAUUCCAAACUUGAAACUGCUCUAUUCCAUUCUGAAGAAUGGCCAACUUGGUAUGUAUGAGACUGAGGAUGCAAAAGACCGUGCGGUUGUGCGAUCGAAGUAUGAUGCGAUUGCGGAACCGAUGGAGAAGAGAAUCCACCAAUAUGACAUUCGCAUGGAUGUGCUAAACAUGGAAAUUUGUGAUGAAGCGAUGGGAUUCCAUGAUUGCCUGAAAGGACAGCACAUUUAUACGAAAGUGUUCCCAACCCGGUGGUAA